AUGGCUUCAUCUGCUGAUCUGCUGGCGCGCGUGCGACCUUCGUGUGCCGCGUUCCUCGCACACGAGACUUCUUCUGUGCAUGUAAAUGCCGAAAAAGUGCGUUUGUUUGUCAAGGAGCUGGAUAUCCAGGAGUUUGCGCGGCUUGCAGAGCCCAUGAACUUUCCACUAAACUUUCACUCCCAGCAAGACGAACUUAACUUUCUCACACUGUAUGGACUCUUGAACUUUGGUAGCGGAUACCGUAAGGACCUGCACAAGUACGUGGAUCGAGGAGCUCAUGACACGAUUGUGUUUGGACUUAUUGGCAUGUACAUUUCGGUGCCCAAGUUGAACGCCCAGUUCUUGCAGAACUUGAGCAUUGACCUUGUUGCAUCCUUCUUUAGUAUUCCAUUGGAGAAAGAUGAAGAGAUCUCGACGGGGAUCUACAUGGCCAAACCGGGACCUUUGAAGCCACUUGCUGUGAUGAUUCAAAAGAUCUUGAACGAGUGUGGACAAAAGCUAAUUGACCUCAAGAUGGAAGAUUUUGGAGCCUUUGUUCUGGCAAACCUCUCGCCAAAUAUUGUAAAGGACUUGGACGAGAAGGAAAAUGUCGGUCUCAGUGCUAGCGCAGCGUAUCUUGUUAACCAGUUUGUAGCUGUAUUCCCGGGCUUUGAUGACAGCUAUGCGUUCCAUGGGGAGAAAGUGUACCUCUUCAAGCGUGCUCAAUUGGCUGUUGCGUGCAUUCACCGGCGAUUCAAGGACUCCGACCCAAAGCUGACGUUCACCGACAUCAAUGAGCUAACGGCUUUAAGCGACAACGUGUUACCGUGUGUGUUGCACGCUCUGGGAGUUCUUGAGUACGAUGCUGACUUGGAGAAUCGCAUUAACCGCGGCGAGGAGCUGCCUACCGGUCAGCAGGAAUGCGAGCUGCGCGCGGCCGUGAUCGUAGCGUGCGACCAGAUUGCAGCAGAGAGCAAUGGCCGCAUCAAGACCCUUGAGCUAGACUUUUAUUUGUGGCGGGUAGGCAAGGAGGAUCGCUUUCGGAGCGUCGAGCGACACACAACGCGCGACACGUUCUUCUACUGA